ACUCGUCUACAGGCUCUGUGAGAUGAUCAGAUGUCUCAGGUGAUUCUUAUAUUUAUCCAAAUUUGUGAAAUCCAGCUUUAGUGCAAUUCACUGGAGGAGUGUGCUGUGGUACUUUUUUGUACCAAACAUUGCUCUCUGGCCAUGGCAUCAGUCCCACUUCACCAGGGAUAACUUGUUCAGCCCACAUUGCCUCAGAAGCAGAGAAUGCUGAGAUUUGAUUCAGUCAUUUUCCCCUUGGCAGGCAGACCAAGAUGAAGGCAUCCGGCUCCUGCUGAGGGUGCCGGUGCCAGUCGUGUGCAAAACCAGUUCCAGGUCUUUCUAGUUCUUCACGCGAGUUUGGACAAGGUUGAUGUGGAAACUGUGUGAGAAUGUGUAUGUGGUCUUAGAGACAAUCAGUGCGAUUAAGGCUGGACUUAGACACGGAGCGAAAGUUCCUAUGAAUGCUGAGGAUUAGCGGUAACAGCUGGUAUCCUGCCCAUUAGAGGAGAGACUGAAGGCAGAAGAAAAGACUUAUUUAAAGGAUGUGUCUCUGCAGCCCUGAGGGGGGAUGCCGUUCCAUCAAGCCUGAAGGCAAGUGUGCUCUGAGGAAAGGGCAGGAUGAGGGUCCCCGCCGCUCUCGCGGGCUGGGCUUGUGCCACCCUCUGCCUGGCUUCCUGCUCGUCUGCCUUUUCCCAUGGUGCCGGCGUGGCGGCCUGUGAGCACAUGCAGCCCACGCACAUUCGAGCCCAGCCUCAGGACCCCGGGACCCACCACAUCACCAUUCACACCAGCAGCUCUUCCUACUCACCGGGUGACACAGUUCCAGUGACUGUGAGGAGCAGUCGUAAUUUCAUGGGAUUUCUACUUCAGGCCCGAAGAGUGUCUGAUCAUCAAAUAGCUGGCACUUUUGUUUUCAUUCCUCCUCAUUCCAAACUGAUGACUUGUUUUGAAGAGGCUGACACAGUCACCCACUCUGACAAGUCCCGGAAGAGAAACCUCUCGUUCGAGUGGAAGGCCCCUGCCCAGCCUGUGGGGGACGUCAGAUUCCUUUUAUCAGUAGUCCAGUCAUAUUUCGUUUACUGGGCAAGGAUUGAAUCAUCUGUUGUGUCCCAGCAGACACACAACCGAGCCCUUUCUGACGGCCGCGUGGAGCCCAGCUUACUGAUGCCAACCCCUGGGCAGAGGCCGGAGGGUCUGGAAGGAACUGCCCCAGCUCCCAGUCUCCCCAUCACUCUUCUGCAGCAGCGCACAGAUGUCUUGGCUGUUGCCCUAACUGGAGCUGCAGAGGAGGACAGCUUAGAUCCUGUUCCUGCCAGUUUUUGGGUGACAGAGUUUCCUGGGGGUGCAGAGGUUCUCUUUCAACCAUCUUCACACACAGCUACUGCAGUCAGCAAUGGCCAGCAACCCAGUGGAGACAGCAACCCAACCCUAGAACCAUCCCUGGAUGUCCAUGGGCUGGAGAGGCUGGUGGCCCUCAGGAGAUUCUCCUCAGAGGGUUUUGCUCCCAGCCCUAGCACCCACCACAGGACUCAGGAUGAUCCAAGGUUUGAUUCAUCAGAAACUUGCUUGCCAUCUGAUAGGGAUGAACAGGAUGAGAUGGAGAUCUCUAAUAAGACCGUGAUAAGGCCUCCUCUGUACACUGUCCAUCUUACCUAUCCUCAGCGCCUCUGGUCCUCUGAAGCACUCACUGGAAAUGGGGCUGGGGCAGCCAACCCAACCCCUGUCUUCCACACCUCUGCUCCCAGGCUACCCACUGCUGGUGGCCAGUCAGAGGUGUCAAGGCCCUCUGCUAGCUUCUUGCCUCAGUCAAAGCACAGGGAGCCCAGAGUGGGGGAGGGAAAUGGAGAGGGUAGAGGGGGAUACCCCAGGAAGACCCACCCAAGGCCUGAGGUUGGGCAAGAGGGAGCCAGUGCCCCUUCAGGGAUCCAGCUCAGGACUGCCCAGCUGGGAAUCCUGCUUUGCCUUUCGGCCACCUUGGGCAUGGCCCUGGCUGCUGGCCUUUGCUACCUCUACACCCAGUAUUGCCGCAGGCAGGCGGAAGUGUCCUUCAGUGAGCCUGCCCAGGAUGCCGCUGUCAGCAGCGACAGGGGUGAGAUUGUGCAUGUCAGGAAGAUCGGGGAGAACAGUUUUGUUUUGGUUGAAGCAGAAUACAACUGGACCACUCCCUCCCUGGGUAACAAGAAGACAGUCCUCUGAGAAGACCAUUAUACCAGGCCUCUCAGCGGCCCUGCGUAGACCCUGUAGAGCAUCUCAGCCGGAACAGAGCUAAUGAGAAUAGCUGAUCAGGACAGGGAUGCACUGUGCUCCCGUCAGUGAGCAGUGAGUGGAGGAGGCUGCGAAAGGACAGUUUAUCAACAGAGGGAGUUCUUCCCAAGCUUUGUUCUCUUAACAUCUGUAAUUUAGCUGCUUUUUUUCUUUUGCAAUUAGAUGUUCUGUUUGAAGAGUUAAACUCAACACAAUGAAUAUUGUAUAACCUGCUCAUUAACUAGACUCCUGUGGCCGCUCUGAACUUCCUCUGUUGCCUUAAGGAACCCGCAGAAAUAGAA